AUGCGCGGCCUCGAGUCGGUCAUGUCCAAGCUCGAGUUCUUCACCACACCCAAGGCCCGCGAGAACACGAUCCGCGCCGUCCACCCCGACUUUGAGCUGAUCGCCGACAUGGUCAACAAGAUGAAGUGGGCCUCGGAGAUGCGCGUGCCGUUCCUCGAGGAGACGCUGAAGAGCAUUGCCGGGAAGCUGAAGCUGAAUCUAAAGGAACCGUUCGAUUGGACUCCCGAGAUGGCCACCCAGCACGCCAGCGCCACGGCCAGCAUUGACGCCUACCAGGCUGGAGCUGAUAUCCAACGCCGCAGCAACAGCGGCAGCGGCGGCAGCAAGAGCAAGAAGCCCCGAGCGGCCGAGGAGUCGCUGAGGUCGAAGAAGAAGGCGCCCAGCCGCCUCAUCGGCUCCAAGGAAAAGAGCCGCACGAACCGGCUGCCGGCCAAGAGUCCUGCCCAACCCAUCGAGGUCAAGGUCAGCCCGCAGAAGCCGGAGCAGGUCGUCGGCGGCAAGGACGACGACGAGGAGGAGGAGUUUAUGACCCCUGGCGGCGGCGAGAAAGACUACGUGCGCGCCGAGUGCGUGGUGGCCGGGUUGAAGAAGCAGAAGCCGAAGAGGGCCGCGGACGAAGAGAACGAGGCGUACGACAACUUCAAGUUC